AUGGCCAACGACGAAUAUGAUUUUCUUUUUAAAGUGGUGUUGAUCGGCGAUUCUGGUGUUGGGAAGUCUAAUCUAUUGAGCCGCUUUACACGAAAUGAAUUCAACCUUGACUCAAAGUCUACUAUUGGUGUCGAGUUUGCGACCCGAUCUAUCCAAGUUGACUCCAAGACAGUCAAAUCUCAGAUUUGGGACACUGCAGGCCAGGAAAGAUACAGAGCUAUAACAUCUGCUUAUUAUCGUGGCGCCGUCGGUGCUCUUCUUGUUUAUGAUAUCAGCAAGCACCAAACCUAUGAGAAUGUCACACGGUGGCUAAAGGAGCUUCGAGAUCAUGCAGAUGCCAAUAUUGUGAUUAUGCUUGUUGGAAACAAGAGUGAUUUAAGGCACUUGCGUGCUGUGCCAACAGAAGAGGCAAAGCAGUUUGCAAGUGAUAAUAACCUCUCGUUUAUUGAGACUUCUGCCCUCGAUGCAAGCAAUGUUGAACUUGCAUUUCAGAAUAUACUCACAGAGGUCUACCGUAUCGUGUCUAGUCGGUCGCUUGACUCCGGUGACUCCACUCAAAACCCUCUUUCUGACCGCAAAGUUGUCGAGAUCACAAGAACACAAGAUACCGAGUCCAAACAGGGAUGCUGCUAG